AUGACCAGGGAGCAUGCUAAAGAGUCCCUAGAGGGUACAUUUCUGAAAAGCCCAACUUACCCUAGCAAUUGUCUCGCAUUUCUAAAUGAAAAGCUAAUCGAAUCUUCGAAUAAUACAUGCCGGGUACCACUAAAUAUCGUCGUUGUUGGCGCCGGACUCGGCGGACUCGCAACAGCCAUUGCGCUAGCAAGCUCAGGACAUAGUGUCACUGUUUAUGAACAGGCACCUGCACUUGGAGAGGUCGGUGCGGGAAUUCAAAUUCCCUCCAACUCCACCCGACUCCUAAGCAGACUCGGACUCGAUCCAUACCUCGAGAAAUACGUAACAGAGCCCGAGGUUAUUUCAUUUCGCCGAUGGGAAUCCGGGGAUAUUAUUGGUCUCACUUGCCUCAUGCCUGACUUUCGAAAUAUCUUUCAUGCGCCGUACUAUGUGAUUCAUCGAGCCGACUUUCACACAGCUUUACACCAGCGCGCAUUGGACCUUGGUGUGAGCAUUAAACUUGCUUCUCGGGUGACUGAGUACAAUCCUCAGGGCUCGAGUAUUUUUUCUCGAGAAUGGGACUACUGUUUCAGCCGAUUUGAUCGAGUCAAGUCCGUCGCACGGAGAUUGGUAGAUAAACCAGGCCAAAGGGCCUUCGAACAAACAGGGUUUGCUGCUUAUCGAGCCACCGUGGAUGUUGCAAAAAUGAAGGCAGAUCCUGAAAUCUCAUGGUUGUUGGAACGGCCCUCACUCAACAUCUGGAUCGGCGAUCAAAGACAUGUUAUGACAUAUACAAUUGGAGCAGGCAAAUCGUUCAACAUGGUGCUCUCUCAUCCAGAUACCACUGAUCCCGUCUCCUGGGAUCGGUCCGACGCACUGAGUGACAUGAAACGAGAAUUCCAAGGGUGGGAUAAAAGGCUUGAGAAAAUCAUUGGAAUGAUCGAAAGCACCAUAAAAUGGCCCCUUGUAAGCGGAAUCCCGCUCACCCGCUGGGCAAGCGGUCGCAUCGUAAUUUUGGGCGAUGCGGCGCACACAAUGCUACCAUAUAUGUCCCAAGGCAAGUGCUGCAAUGGCUGUCGAAGAUGGCGUGGCAUUGGCAUGUCCCUAUCCAAGAUAGAGUCGAAAGCAGAUAUACCUCAGGCUCUCGGUAUUUUUGAACAAGUUCGGAUUGAUCGAACAAGCAAAAUGCAAGAAGCGAGUCUGUUGAACGGAAAACUGUGGCAUUUUUCAGAUGGGCCGCUUCAGCGUGCUAGAGAUGCCGCUAUGCAACCCGAGACAAGGGGUGAACCUUUUAGCCAUAGUCCGAAUCAAUGGAGUGAUCCCGCGACACAGAUGUGGACGUACCAAUACGAUGCGGAGGCAGAGAUUGAAAUAGCCUGGCAGAGGUCUGGAAUGUGA